AUGUUUUACUCACAAUAUCCUUCAAACUCUAGAGAGCAACUUGAUCAUCAUACAAGUCGCAACACAGUAGAAAUGUUUAGUCGACGUUACCAUAACCAUGAAUUUUCAUCAUCAACCCAGUGUAGUUCCUGCCUAAGUCAAAUCAUUGAUGCACCAUUAGGCUUAGUUUGGUCAUUAAUUAGUCGUUUUGAUCAACCACAAAAUUGGAAAAGAUUUGUAAGAAGUUGCAGAAUCGUUAAAGGUGAUGGACGCCGUCCUGGCAGUGUACGUGAAGUACGUCUUGUUUCAGGAUUACCAGCUACAUCAAGUACUGAACGGUUAGAUUCAAUUGAUCAUGAAAACCAUGUCAUGUGUGUUAGUAUCCUUGGUGGUGAUCAUAGGCUUAAUAAUUAUAAGUCUAUCAUUACUCUUCACGAAAUCAAUAAUAACAAUGAUCUACAUGAUAGCAGUGACGAUGAUGAUGUUUUUGGGAAUAAAUCAACUGUUGUGCUUCAAUCUUAUGUGGUUAAUAUACCAGAUGGAAAUAGCGCAGAAGACACAAGAACAUUUGUUAACACAAUAAUUAAGUGUAAUCUUAAAUCUCUUGGUAGUAUUAGUGAGAAAAUGGAUGACGCGAGAGAGAAAGAGAAGAAGUCCAGAAGAAGUAAACAAACUCCUAUUAUCGAUACUCGCAUGGCUCUUCCGAGUUUCAAAAAGAAACCCAGCUCCGUACAACAGGGGUCCUCCGGGGGGACUGUCCCUGUUACUCAAGAGAAUGUGACGGCUCCUGAUCAAGUGAACAUUACCACCUCUUCACCAUCUAUUACUUCUUCUUGGGCAGAGACUUUCGCAUGUUCGUUACCUCCUGCUCCUUCUAAUAAUUUCAUUUAG